AUGAAGAAGUCACGCAAGGGGGGAGGAAGAAAUGGUCAGGUGAAGUUGAUCAUGUUCUCUCGUUUGAUUCGGCUGAAAUUUCAGGCUGGUAUAAUACUAGGACCAACUUUUCUGGGACAAAUUCCGGGGUUUACUGAAACAUUGUUCCCCCUACAGAGUCUUUUUUUACUGGACUCGUUAGCGAAAACUGGUUUCAUUUUGUUCACGUUCCUUGUGGGAGUGAAGAUGGAACCAAGCAUGGUGGUGAGAACUGGUAAAAAGGUUUGGACCACGGGACUUGUAUCGGUCUUACUUCCCAUAUUAGUGGCCAUGAUUUUUUCUGCAUGGCUGGAUCAAAAUAUAAGCUUCACUAUGAGGGCACCUAUCAAUAACAUUAUAUUAACACAAACCAUAAGCCCAUUUGCUGUCAUUGCUUGCCUCCCCAAUGACCUAAAAAUCACAAACUCUGAGAUCGGCCGCGUUGCUCUAGCUACAGGAUUGAUCAGGGAGUUACUCAGUUUAGCAAUCCAUACUCAAGUCAACUAUGCUAGAGUUUCGACACUAGGUGGAUCAUUUAUGACCGGGACACUGGAAGGGAAGCCAGUGGACGUGCUCUAUAUUGGUUUCAUUUCUUGCGGGGUUCUCCUCUCGGCCACAAUCAGUUACUUCUUAGGGACUCAGAUGUUCUAUUUUGGUCCUCUGAUACUAGGCCUGGCCAUUCCUGUUGGACCACCUCUAGGAUCCACACUGGCUACCAGAAAAGAAAUAUUCUACGGUCUACAGACAAUGCCAGACAAUGCCGAGCUGCGAAUAUGUGUCUGUGUCCAUAGACAAGACGAGGCCUUGGCAGCCAUUAAGCUACUUGAAGUUUCCAAUCCUACCCAAGAAAGCCCUCUGCUAGUCCAUGUACUCCACCUCAUGGAGCUCAAAGGCCGAGCCACUCCACUCUUAAUCAACCACCAGUUCGGCCAAAAGAUAUCCGCUGCCUCUCACUCACGGCAAAUCAUCGACGUUUUCAAUAAGUAUGAGAAUCAAUUCUUAGGAUUGGUCAAUGUGCAUGCCUUCACUGCAAUAUCAAUGCUAAAGUUCAUGCACCAAGACAUUUGUUCGCUAGCCUUUGACAAGUUGGUGUCGCUAGUAAUUCUUCCAUUUCAUAGGAAAUGGAAUUCUAACGGCACAAUGGUUGUGGACAACAAGAUGUUGAGGUCUAUCAACCUUCAGGUCAUGGAGUUGGCCCCUUGUUCGGUCGGCAUUCUUGUUGACCGUCGCAAAAUGCACCGCACCACGCCAGUUUCGCCACUGUAUCGUGUGGCUGUACUCUACUUGGGAGGUGAUGAUGAUCGCGAGGCGCUGGCUUAUGCUAAACGGAUGGCGCAAUGCCCAGCUGUUCACUUGACAGUUCUGCGGUUGGUGGCGGUUGAAACACGGGUGAGGACAACUGGGAAACCUUGCUUGACACAGAGAAUUUGA